ACGAAGCAGAAGAAAUGACGAAAACACCUGCAAACCCUCCCCAAAUUCCCAUCUCUUUCUUACUUCUCCUCUUCCUCUCAACACCUUUCCAUGUAAAAUCCCAAUCCCCAUUCCCAUCAGAAGAACUCCAAAUCCUGCUCAAAAUCAAGCAGGAGUGGCAAAACCCUCCUUCCCUCUCCUCCUGGAACUCCACCACCUCCCACUGUUCCUGGUGGGGAAUCACAUGCUCCAAUAGCUCCGUCACCGGAAUCGUACUUCCUGAUCAGAACAUCGUCGGAGAAACCCCCUCCGUCGUCUGUGACCUCAAAAGCCUUACCGAUCUCAAUCUCUUCAACAACUCUAUCGCUGGAUCCUUUCCUACUUCUCUCUUUAACUGCACCAAGCUUCGGAACCUAAAUCUCUCCCAGAACUACUUCGUUGGAGUCAUUCCGCCCGACAUCGACCGGAUCUCCACCCUCCAGCAACUUGAUCUCUCCGGCAACAACUUCACUGGCGACAUCCCACCUGGGAUCGGGCGAAUUCCGGAUCUGCGUAUCCUCAGCCUCCACCAGAACCUCUUCAACGGCUCGAUUGCGCGGGAAAUAGGCAAUCUCUCGAAUCUCGAGCAGCUCAGGCUAGCUUACACGUAUUUUUACCCUGCGCCGAUCCCGCUGGAAUUUGGUAAGCUGCGGAAGCUGAAGUACCUCUGGAUGGCGAGAUCGAAUCUGAUGGGAGAGAUUCCGGAAUCUUUCGACAAUCUGACGGAUCUCGAAUGGUUGGAUCUUUCUGAGAAUAAUCUGGCCGGGAAAAUUCCCAGCGGUUUAUUGCGGUUGAAGAAACUGAAGUAUCUGUUUCUUUUCAAGAACCAGUUGUCGGGAGAGAUCCCUCGACCGAUCGAAGCUUUGGAUUUGAGAGAAAUCGAUCUCUCCAUAAAUCGUCUAAACGGAACAAUACCGGAAGAUUUUGGAAAAUUAGAGAAUCUGACGCAUCUGCAAAUGUACGCCAAUCGACUAUACGGCCAGAUUCCGGUGAGUAUUGGCCGGAUUCCUGAGCUGCUCGACAUCCGGCUGUUCAACAACAGCUUAUCAGGGUUGUUGCCUCCGGAAUUAGGGUUGUAUUCCAAGCUGGAGAAUCUCGAAGUGUCAGAUAAUAGACUGUCGGGCGAGUUGCCAGAGAAUCUCUGCCGUGCCGGAGCAAUGUACGGACUAGUCGUUUUCUCCAACAAUCUGACUGGAAACUUGCCAGCGUCGCUUGGGGAUUGCGGGAGCUUGGAGUUCGUGCGGCUCUCUGGGAAUCGAUUCUCCGGCGAGGUUCCGGUGGGUCUCUGGUCGGCGGAGAAUCUGAUGACACUGAUGAUCGCUGAUAAUUCAUUUUCCGGCGAUCUUCCGGAGAAACUGGCGUUGAAUUUGGGGCGACUCGAGAUCAGCAACAACAACUUCUCGGGAGAGAUUCCGUCGAGGAUAUCCGAAUCGAAGGAUCUGACGGUAUUCACAGCCAGCAACAACCGCUUCUCCGGCAAGAUUCCGGCUGGUUUGACAGAGCUUUCUGAGCUCCAAACCCUAUAUCUCGAUGGAAACACCAUCUCCGGCGAGAUUCCGUCGGAUAUCAUCUCGUGGAAGUCGCUGAACAUUCUCGAUCUCAGCAGAAAUCAGCUCACCGGGAAAAUCCCGCCGGCUUUAGGGAGGUUGCCCAUAAACUCCCUCGACUUGUCGGAAAACCGACUUUCAGGCGAAAUCCCGCCGGAGUUAGCUUCCAUGAAGCUCAGCGACCUGAACCUCACGGCAAACCAACUCACUGGGUCGAUCCCAGACGAGUUAGACAACCCGGCGUACAGUAGCAGCUUUCUGGACAACCCCAGCCUGUGUGCAGAUAACCCCUCCCUCCACCUCCGAUCAUGCGCUAACGAGCCAGGACGAGAUUCCAACAAAUUAUCGUCCCGAUUUCUCGCCGUAAUCGUAGCCCUCGCCGCGUUAAUCACCGUCGUGGCCGCCGUGUUCGCGUGGUUCGUGAUAAGAGAUUUCAGGAGAAAGAGCAACCUCCAAGAUCGCGCCACGUGGAAGCUAAUCUCAUUCCAGCGGCUGUCUUUCUCUGAGUCUACAAUAUUACGUGGUUUGACUGAAAUAAAUCUGAUAGGAAGCGGAGGGUCGGGGAAAGUUUACCGAAUUGCCCUCAGCAACCGAGCGGGAGACGUGGUUGCCGUUAAAAAGAUAUGGAACACGAGAAGGUUAGACGACAGGCUCGAGAAGGAAUUCCAAGCGGAGGUUGAGAUUUUGGGGAGAAUUCGCCAUUCUAAUAUCGUGAAGCUGCUCUGCUGCAUCUCGAGCGACGAUUCCAAGCUCCUGGUUUAUGAGUACAUGGAAAAUGGGAGCUUGGACCGUUGGCUCCAUGGAAAGAGGAUUGGAGCGUUGGAUAUCUCAGGCUCCAACCGUAUCGAUCGGUUGGAUUGGCCGAUGAGGUUCCAGAUUGCUAUUGGAGCUGCUCAGGGGCUCUGCUAUAUGCAUCAUUCCUCUUCUCCACCGAUCAUUCAUCGCGACGUGAAGUCGAGCAACAUCUUGUUGGAUUCUGAGUUCAAGGUGAGGAUCGCUGAUUUCGGGCUGGCGAGGAUGCUGGCAAAGCCCGGAGAGCUGGAAUCUGUGUCCGUUGUCGCUGGCUCUUUUGGGUAUAUCGCUCCGGAGUUUGCCUACACAAGUAGAGUGAAUGAGAAGUGUGAUGUCUACAGCUUUGGUGUGGUACUGCUUGAGCUGGUGACCGGACGGCAAGCGAACUAUGACAGCAGUGACGGCCAUGGCUGCCUUGCUGAGUGGGCGUGGCGGCACUUCCAAGAUGGCCAUGCCAUGAUUGACGCCCUUGAUGAGAAGAUCUGGGAGGCUCGUUUCAUGGAUGAGAUGAGUGUGGUACUCAAGCUGGGUCUCAUUUGCACUAGCACGUUGCCUUCUAGUAGGCCUUCCAUGAAAGACGUGCUGGAAAUCCUACUCCAGUGUGGCCCACUUCAAAGCCCGCAAUUGCGGGUUGCUAAGAAGCCCGAGAGUGAGAAAGACGUGUCUCCCCUCCUCACCCUUGAUCCUCUCAAGGAGGGUAGUGAGAGGUCUGAAGACGACGAUGAAACUAUGGCGAGCAAUGUAUGAUGGGUGGACCACUAGAUGCAUAUGGGCCCAAUCAAAUUGCAACAAACAA